AUGUCAAGGAGCAUGGGAGACAUGCCGACGAACAUCGGCACACAGAGCUUUUAUCGCACAUUGGCCCUAAGAAGUCUCGAGAAUCAUGCCGGAGGGCCCCAGCGAUCCGAAGAGCCCGUAGAUGGGCUCAAGGACAUCGUCAUAGAAUUGAGCGACGUCCCAGGGACGGACGAGACAGGCUCUGCCGCAGAUCUUACGCCCUCCGAGAAGGCGUAUCUCACCAAAAGGCAUGGCACUUUUGAACUCGAUCCAAUGCCUUCGGCAAGCGACGCGGAUCCAUACAACUGGCCAAGAGGCAAGAAAGUCACCGUGUUGUUGCUGGUAGGUUUCCACUCUAUGGUGGCAAGCCUCAGCAUGACCGCACUCAUUCCAGCCUAUUCACAAAUGGCCAACAAAUUUGGCAUGACGGAGCACGAUUGUACUUAUUUCACCUUGAUUCACAUUCUCGUUUUGGGGGUCGCGCCCCUGGCUUGGGGACCACUUGCGACAGUGUAUGGACGACGCCCGGUACUCCUAGUGUCGCUGAUCAUGUCAUUGAUUGGAAACGUUGCCUGCGGGGUGAGCCCAAAUUACGGCGCGAUGAUGUUCUUUCGGGCGCUCGUCGCCUUCUUCCUCUCACCCGCCAAUGCAUUGAGCAGUGCUGUAGUAACAGACAUGUUUCUGAAGACAGAGAGAGCCAGAUACAUAGGGAUUUGCACACUAAUGUUCUGUCUAGGCGUCCCGUUCGGACCAUUCGUCUUCGGUUUCGUGACCCCUAGGGUCAGUUUCCGAUGGAUCUUUUGGGUUCUAGCUAUUGUCAAUGGUGUUCAAUUCGUUCUGUACUUUUUCCUCGGCCACGAGACACUCUUCAUUCGCCACCACGACACGCCGUCUAGCAUUUUCGAACGGGGUUCGGGGGGCUUCAAGGCAAAGUAUCUGAACUUUUCGCGCGUCGGUUCAAGGAGAAUCUCCAAACUUGAUUUUCUCGAGCCCUUAGCAUUGGCUGCUUACCCCUGCGCCAUAUUGCCUACGCUCGCUCAGUCGGUUGUGUUCCUGUGCGGCAGCAUUUUUAUCACUAUCGAAAUUCCUGUACAAUUGCAGCCCAAAUUCCAUCUUAGCAUUGAACAAGUCGGUCUCCAAUUUCUGGGAAUGAUAAUUGGGUGCAUGAUAGCUGAACCGGUGGGAGGUCUGCUCAGUGAUGUCUGCAUGAGUCUGCGCACAAGGACGCGGGAGGGAUAUGAGUCUCCACCAGAACUCAGACUAUGGCUCAGCCACGCAGGCUAUUGUCUGAUUCUUGUUGGGGUCCCACUGUUCCUUGUAUCAACGGAGAAUGCUGUGACAGGGAGAUGGACAAUCGUCCCAGUGGUGGGAACGGCUAUUGCUGCUGGCGGAAACCAAAUCGCCAUGACAACGCUUGCUACUUACGCAGUUGACUGCGCUGUCGAUGAUGUAGUGAGCGUGGGUAUUCUCAUGUCUCUGUCAAGGCAACUCAUUGCCUUCAUCGGCCCAUUAUGGUUUCCAACCAUGAUGCGUAAUGUGGGUCUCAAAUGGUGUGCUGCCAUUAUUUACGCGCUCAUCGUCAUACUCAGUAUUCUUUCUACCAUUCUCGUCCAGUGGAAAGGGAAACACUGGCGUUAG